AUGCAAAUAGCGAGAGAAGAGAUGAAGAAGAGAGGAGGAAUUCUGACAGCACACAGAGGCAAGAAUAUAGUCAUACCCGUCGGGCCAGUUGUCGAGAAAGGAAUCAUAAACUAUGCGAGAUAUAGAAUUGGCUUUACAUUUCCAGUCGGAAUACCAAUAGAAAAAGUAGUGGAAGUGGCAAGCACAAGAUGCAGGGUUGUGGAGGUAAUAGUGGACAAUGCAUUAAAUUGUGGAGGAGACAGAUAUUCGGUACACUUCAGUCCACACUCGAGGUACAUCAUAUACGGAGAAUUUGGGAAUGUUGAAGAAGCGCUUGACAUGCCAGAUGAAUUAUUCAUUGAUGGAAAAAGAGUAAUUCUAAGGCACCCAGGAUCACUGUUCUGUAAGAUAUGCAAACAACCUGGGCACAACGAAGAAGGUCACAAAAAAGUGGUGAAGAGGAAGAAUGAGAAGAUAAAGGCUGAAAGACUGAGGAAGGAUAAAAGGGCACAGGAAAAGGUACUAGGCCUUAAAACACUAACAGAGGAACAGAUGCAGCUGCAAGAAGACGAUAAAAUAAGUGGUUUUACCAGCGGGAGAAUAAAUAAAAUAGGAGACGAGAUAGCAUCAGAUGAAGGAAAUUUAACGGCUGACAUGAGGGAGGAAGCAAUAUCAAGGAAGAGGGCAAUGACAAAAGCAGGGUUCGGUCUACCGGCGAAAAUAGACAAGAUGGACUGAAAAAAGAAAAUUGAUGAAGCAGCGGGGCAGCUUAGCCUGGAUGAAGCUUUGAUGAGGUUAAGAAACGAAACAGAAAAAACUACCAAACUCUAUAGGGAAUUAACCAUAGGAAAGAGUAGCACAAACACGCCGACAUUUAUAAGACUAAAUGCCUAUGAAGAACAGAGUCUUAAGCUACAAAAAAGGCUAGAAGAACUCAAAAUAGACUGAAGAGAAGUGGUGCUAUACGGGGGAAAGUAUGAAGCAAAUUUGAAACUUUCGAAGAUCAACUGCAGAGAAGAUGUGAUAUGGUAUGCUGAUGCAACAGAAAAGAGAUGUCACUGAAAAAUACUUAGGGGCAAAGCAUGGAGCUACAUGGAGGCGAAAGAGACGAAGUAUGGAACAAAUAAUAAAAGGCAAAUGAGAACCACCGACUUGUUUUGAAAAAGCUCAUAA